AUGUCGACCAAACCACCCUGUCACCGUGUCACCCAAACCACCCUGUCACCCAAACCACCCUGUGGACCAAACUACCGUGUCACCCAAACCACCCUGUCGACCAAACCACCCUGUCGACCAAACUACCCUGUCACCCAAACCACCCUGUGGACCAAACUACCGUGUCACCCAAACCACCCUGUCGACCAAACUACCCUGUCACCCAAACCACCCUGUGGACCAAACUACCGUGUCACCAAAACCACCCUGUCACGCAAACCACCCUGUCACCCAAACCACCCUGUCGACCAAACCACCCUGUCGCCCAAACAACCCUGUCACCCAAACCACCCUGUCGCCCAAACAACCCUGUCGCCCAAACCACCCUGUCGCCCAAACCACCCUGUCACCCAAACCACCCUGUCGACCAAACCACCCUGUCGACCAAACCACCCAGUCGACCAAACCACCCUGUCACCCAAACCACCCUGUCAUCCAAACCACCCUGUCACCCAAACCACCAUGUCACCCAAACCACCCUGUGAACCAAACCACCCUGUGAACCAAACCACCCUGUCACCUAAACCACCCUGUGGACCAAACCACCCUGUCACCUAA